AGAAGAAAAUCUACCAGUCGUGAAGAUGGAGGACCUGAGGGCAACUUACAAAGACGCGGAGGACGAGAGCAACGAAUCCUCCCUAAACACCACCACCACGGCGGCGGUCACCUCCGAGGAACCGCCGUCUACAUCCACAUUCGACGGAGGAGCAACCGCUCCCGGAGUCCCCCCGGCGCGCGCAUCCGUAAACUCUGAUUCUGCAUCCGAUCGCAAAUUCUCCCCGCAAUUCGCCAAAUCGUCCGAGACGGAUGUUGAAGAGGACGAAGAGAUCGAAGAGGAUGAAGAGGAGGAGCCUCCUCCGAAGAAGCCUAAACUGUCUUCACCCGUCACACCGUCCUCGCCGGCUCAGUUGCCAAAAGUGGAGCCGGACGAUGGUGAAUUUACUGAUAUGCCAUCGGAUUCUCCAGUUGUUGAGAAUAAACAGACGGUUGAGGUGAAAGAACCAGCUUCUAAGAGUAGCCAGAAGUCAAAAUCGAAGAAGAAGUGUAACAAUGUGUGGGCGAAGCCCACAUCUAGAAAGGGGAAGAAGAAGAACAAGAGCAAUGGUAACCAGAACGGAAGCAAGAAGAAUGCCAUUGCACAGGAAACUGAGGACAAGGUGCUGAUAACACCUGUACCUAGGUUUCCUGACAAGAACGACGACGGGCAGGAGAUGAAAAUCUGCCUCUCAAAAACGUAUAAGGCAGAGAAAGUUGAGCUGAGUGAGGAUAGGUUGAGUGCCGGAAGUACAAAAGGGUAUAGAAUGGUGAGGGCCACGAGAGGGGUGGAGGAAGGGGCUUGGUAUUUUGAGAUCAAGGUGAUGAAUUUGGGGGAAACGGGGCAUACACGGCUUGGAUGGUCGACUGAAAAAGGGGACAUUCAGGCACCUGUUGGGUAUGAUGGGAAUAGCUUUGGCUAUAGAGACAUUGAUGGGAGCAAGGUUCACAAGGCACUUAGGGAGAAGUAUGGGGAGGAAGGGUAUGGUGAAGGUGAUGUCCUGGGGUUUUAUAUCAGUUUGCCAGAUGGACGCCAGUAUAAGCCUAAUCCACCGCGGCUUGUUUGGUACAAGGGACAGAGAUAUAUGUGCACAGCGGACCCAAAGGACCCUCCGAAAAUUGUGCCUGGAAGUGAGAUAUCAUUCUUCAAAAACGGCAUAUGUCAAGGUGUUGCUUUCAAGGAUCUUUAUGGUGGUCGUUACUACCCUGCCGCUUCAAUGUACACACUUCCCAACCAACCCAAUUGUGUCGUGCGGUUCAAUUUUGGCCCUGAUUUCGAAUGUUUUCCAGAAGAUUUUGGUGGCCAUCCAUUACCAACACCAAUGGUUGAAGUCCCAUAUCACGGAUUCGAUGGGAGAGUUGAGAAUGGUGUGUCAAAUGAUAACAAAACAUAGUUGCUUACUUUGAUCAAUGAACCUAUUAAAAAAAGUUGUGGCUGUCACUGCUUGUCCAUUUUUGUACCUUCCCUAACUCUUAUUCAUACAUGUCUUCCACAUGAACAACUGAACAUUGUAAUUUUAAUUUCUCCUUUUUCAUGCAAAUGUAAACAAUCCAUUUUUUGCUCCCAUGUGGGUUAAUACAUGAUGGGCUAUUUAUGGUUUUUCUUUAUUUAUGAAGUUGAUGCACAAGAAUUGAAGCUAUUUCUCUUGCUAUCUUAUUCUUCCAUAUUGCAAUUAUACAAUGGAUAAAUCAAGGGUAUAAUUAACAUAUGAUUUUGUUGGGUUUGUUUUCAUUUGCUAUCCAUAGGUGGGGCUUAUAUUUCUCCAUUUUACAUAAUACAAUCUUUCUGGUGACAGGGGAAUAUUCAUAAAGAAUUUAUUUAAAUAUGAGUAAAACAUAGAGAAAAUACUGAAAUAAGAACUCCAUCUUUUUAUUCACAAAAUAGAAGUUUACAUGGUGAUAAUGUGGUAUUGGACAUAUAACAAUUCGUUUUGGAAUUUAUAUUGAGAUGAUUGACAUUGUAUUUGUAUUCUACUCCCUCCGUCCCCCGGUUUUUGUCCACUUUUGACUUUUGGAACUGUUCAUCUAAGCACUUUGACUCAUCAAAUUCUCUCAAUGUGUAAGCCUAAAUAUAGUCAUGUGUGAUCUUGUUUGAUUUGUCUUAACAUAUAGAUUAUUAAUAUAUAAUUUCUAUAAUUUUUUAAUAUACAAAUUACAAGAUAAAAUGGAUUAAAGAAGUGCAUUGGAUGGUGUGCAAAAAUGAAAGUGGACAAAAACUGGGANCGUCCCCCGGUUUUUGUCCACUUUUGACUUUUGGAACUGUUCAUCUAAGCACUUUGACUCAUCAAAUUCUCUCAAUGUGUAAGCCUAAAUAUAGUCAUGUGUGAUCUUGUUUGAUUUGUCUUAACAUAUAGAUUAUUAAUAUAUAAUUUCUAUAAUUUUUUAAUAUACAAAUUACAAGAUAAAAUGGAUUAAAGAAGUGCAUUGGAU